GGACAUCGCUGCAAUGGAAAGGUUAAAGGAAACCUUGUUCAAAAGAGAUGAGAAAGGGUGCACUUAUGUUUAGAUGGUGCCCAGGGCUGCAGUGAGACAGGUUUUGGGGAGGGAGUGCUGAAAGAGUGGUUGAAACUGUGCCUCUGCUUCCUCUUGUUGGCAGAACAGUGUGAAGCUACUGGCCUGGUGGUAGAAUUUGACCUUGCUUUGCCUUGUCUGGUUGGGAGACCCCUCCCCCCGCCCAAGUUUGGAGCAUCUGUGCAUGGAAUAUGAUGAGGAUGAUGAUAUUUUCUUUGCAAAAUGGAUGAGCAGCUUCUGGGGCCACAGCUUGAUCGAUGAGAAGGAGAAAGAAGGCAGAGGCCUCAAGAAACGUCAGACACGACUCUAUAGUGAAAGGAGAGCAUCCCUACCGGCCAAGCUUUCCUCCCUCCAUACAACACAACUUCAUGCUUCUGCCAAAGGCUCAUCUUCAGGCCACCUCAGGGGCUCCAAGGAAUUUCAAGACCAAGAUGUCAAAUGCCACUGCCACAGGAAGGCAAGCAGAACACCUUCAGCAGACAGCUCAUGCCCAGAGACAAGAUCAAACUCCAUUCAGGAAUUUGCAGAGUCCUUUGAAAAGCAAUUGCAUCUCAAAAGCAAACGCUCAGUUUCUUUGCAACCUGAAGGUGUAAAGGAGAGACGAGAAAGAGAAAAGUUGCAUUUGAGAAAAAGCAAGUCUCAUAAGAAAAUGGGAGAGAAAUCAGAGCCAAGGAGAGAGCGGGAAGAAGCUGAAGAUUCAGAAGUACCUGCAAAACACAGCGAACAGUUUCCAUCACAAACAAGCACUCAGAAAGGUUAUGUAUGCACAGGCAGCUAGAAUGCAUUGAGAUCAUCAAUCUUAACACUCCCCCUGAAGAGCAGAGGGAGCAUUCUUGUUCUGUUUUGACUAGAAGAGGCCUAUUAGCUAGAAUAACCCCAUAGCUGUAAAUUAAAAGUAAAAUUCAACUGCAUUACUGGCACCAUGUUACUACCUUCCUUUCUUUACUUUUGUCUUUAGAAAUGUGACCUUUGUCAUAGGAGUGUAUUGGUAGCAAGAUCCAAGUUAGAAAUUAACCACUCUAAGAGGGUCUCAGGCAAAUUUAGCAUUGCAGCAGGACAGUAGUGGAUGUGUUCAUUGUAGAGGAGACCACCAUCUAUGUAUUACAGAGCCAUGCAAAGCCUUAUGUUCCUUUUUUAAUGGAAAACAGGCUUUUUGGUAGGUUUGGGUAGAAAAAAGUACACAUAAGCAGCAUACACUGCUUCCUGCCCCUGACAUUCAUUGAGAUUUGUCUUGAAAACAGGUAUCUUUUUGAUUUGACAAUCUUUCAGCUCCAAAUUUAUGUAAGUAAGAGAAGAGAAAAGAAGCCCGUGUUUUCUCCUACACCUCCCUGAUGUCUCACUUCUCUGCUUUUCCUAUCCCUAUGCAGUAUGACUCUGGUUUCUCUGGCAUCUCCCAGCCCUCUCCCAUGUCCUCAGUCCCAUUUCCCCAGUCACACAACUAGUUUUUUCUCCCAGCUUUACCCUCAUCACCUUGCUUCUUUUGUGGCCUUCCCCCUCUCCAUAUACCAGUUUAUAGCCCUGCCAUGUAGCUGCCAACCUCUUUUACUACAUCUCUACUUUUGCUUCAUCAAAAUUUGAGCCUUGCUGAAAAUUCUCUAGUAAAGUCAGAGACGUUCUGUCUCUCAUAUUUCCAUAUAAUCUCCUCAAGAGGUUGCUGAGGCAUUGCAACCCUUUUUCCUUUUCCAGAACUUGGGCCAAACUGGCUGUCUAUGAUAAGCAGGACUUAGGAAAACUCUGUUCCUCUGGCUGAGGAUCUCCUGAACACAGGUGUCAAUCUCAUCUCCACAUGCUCACAAACAGAUACACACUCCCACAAUCCCACUAUGCCCACCUUUCUUCAACGUGCCAGUGUUCUCUGCAGAUACAACCCUGCUCUCUUUGGGAAUAAACUCCCCAGGCCUACUAUGGAGAAAGCCUGGUUUGGAUAAUACAGUUAGAAAAGAGUGAAGACAAAUGAAGUCAUGAGCAAAAGUCAAGGUCUGAUGGAUAUUCUUCCUGUGAUUUUUCUGUAAUUAACAAAGAUCUUACUAAUUUACCUUAGAGCCUUACUUUUGAAUAUUCAGCCCUUUAAAAACUUAGGGCAUCCUUAAAAUUUUGUAACACUUAUCUCCAUUAAGGGAUUGCGUUGUUUGAUUUUUUUGUUUAGGGCUUUGGGGGAUAUAUGAGAAAGCAAUUGAACCCUUACUGAUGCUUGUAAAUUGCUUCUUACCUGGUAACAUAUAUUAUAAACUAAUAAAUCUAAUAAUGCAAAAAUGUU